UCUCCUUCUGCUACCUCUGCUCGCUCUCUCUCCCUCUCCCUCCACAGCACACAGAGAGUCAGCAGAGCAGAGCAGACAGCGAUAUCCACAGCCUUGUUCUUGCUGUUCUCACUAAUAAUCAAUUUACCAAUCCAUCUCCCCAUCUUUUCUUGAGUUUUGAUUCUUUUUUGUUUGGUUUGGUUUGGUUUGGUUUUGUUUUUUAUGCAACAAAGAAGAUGUGUUGCGUAGUUGCAAGAUGUUGCCUCCUCUUGACCUGGAAUUGAUGGUAAAGAUUUGAUAUUUGUCAGUCUUGUUUGCUUGAUCUUUUCGGAGUUCAGUUGGUUUGUGUUUUCUGAACAUUUAUUUGAUCUGAUCGUUUCUGAAUCUUUUGCUCAUUGGCAUCAUCAUCACCAAAACACCAGCUUUUAAUUGCUGGGAAAACACAUUAAUUUGCAGGAGAUUAGAUUAAGAUCACGGUUUAAGAUUAGGCUAAAAUUUGCUGGGAUUCUUGUGUGCAAUGCUGAAGAAGAGGUGUGAUCCGGUCGCUCACUCGCCUUUGAGCAGCGAGCUCACCAGGCACGGCAAUGGCGGGAGGCCAUCCUCCCCUCUGCUUCUCUCGCCGAGGUCGCCGUCACUGCAAGGCUUCUCUCCGAGGGGUUUCUUCUCCGUGGACGCCUCCCUCAGCCCCACCGCCAUGGCUGAGCAUGCCAAGAGCGUUCCUUGCGGAAGCCCAAGAAACCCUCUGAGCCGUUCGUGCGGCGGCGGUCCGGUGGCCGGGCUCGCCGGCGUUCUUGUCGAUGGCGAGGCCGAGAAGGGGUGCUGCGGGAGCGGCAGGGUGCUGCUCGGGAUGCGGCUCAGGGUGCAGCUGCCUCCCGAGAAGGGGCUCGGCGUCGGCGCCGGCGGCGAGCUGCCGCCGGCCCCGAGCUCGCCGAUCGAGUUCGGCGUGAAGAACCGCGACGCGCAGCUGGCGCUGCUCUCGCCGGUGCAGCGGUCGCCGCUGUCGUCGGCGGCGAGGGCGGCGCGGAGCGAGGUGGAGGAGCUCGCCGAGGACUACACCUGCGUCAUCGCCCGGGGGCCCAACCCCAAGAUGACCCACAUAUUCGAUGACCGCGUCGUCGAGAGCUGCGGCGCCGGCUCCGGAGACGGCGGCGCCGGCGAUGCUUGCCGCCUCUUGGCCUCUUGCUACGGGUGCAAGAAGAGCAAGGGUGCACUCUUCCUGCAACAUAGAGAUGAGAAGGUAUUCAGCAGCAGCCAAUGCCGCUACCGCGAAGUGCUUUUCGAUAAAAGGAUCGACGAAGCAUCAGAUGUGUCAUUCAAAAUGAAGCAUUGAAUCUUUUCCGGCCUAAAUUUUGGCAACUACCUGCUUAUGAGUGAGAUUAGUAUUAUUCUACCUAAAUUCUUUUGGUCUGAAGGAUGCAUGUGUUGUAUGGUUUUUAAAGAAAAAAAAAGGUAGCAGGGUUUGGAGAACCCUACUUUUGCUGUAAUCAGAAGUCCGGAACUGCUGAUCAUGAGCAAUAUUUGAGCAGUCUUCCUGCUGCUUAGAUUUAUUCGUUGAUCCUGUGUUGAGCAAUCCUCUUGUUUCUCCAUUAAAGCACAACAAAAGUUCUUUUGUGGAGUGCAAUAUCCAAUUAUCCAUAACCAUCACAGCAACUGGAGCAUUGUAACCCAUGGAAUUUCAGGGAGGUCAA